AUGCCUAUGACUUGGAACGACGAGGCUCAGGCCAAGCUCUACGCCAUCAUUCUUCAAGUCUGCGACGUCAAGCCAAGUGAGGCUCAGAAGGUCGAGAUCGCUUCCCGCAUGGGUCCAGACUGCACUGCCAAAGCCAUCACCCACAAGAUCGCAGCCAUCCGCAAGGCAGCAGCAGGAACGCCCAAUGCCACUACCGGCUCUCGUCCAACUGGCAUCACCAAGAAGUCAACCCCGAGAAAGAAGGGCAGAGCUGUAGCAGUGAAGAAGGAGCUCUCGCCAUUCUUGAAGUCCGAGGAUGAAGAUGAUAAAGAAAAGGCAGCUGGCCUGACCACGCCACCACCGAGCGGCACGAAGAAUCUGAAGCGUAAGUUGCAAGGCGUUGAUGUUGAUGAGGCGUUCUACAAGGAUGGAAUUGAUGUGGCGGUUGGUGAGGAUAUUGGGCAGGGCUUUCGUAAGCGCAGAGAUGAGGAGAGCGAUUGUGAUGACAGACUUUGA